AUAUUCCAGACAAUCGCUUCCGGAGCUUUCGCUGGUAUUCCUCUUUUACUCUUAUGGUUACCCAACAACUGUCUAAGCUCAAUUACUCCAGCAACAUUUCAAGGAGCACUUUUUCUCCGACAGUUGUCUCUGGCCAACAAUAACAUCAAAGACAUUCAGCCUCUCUCUUUUAAUCACCUUGCGAAUCUGCACACUGUUGACCUUGCUAGCAAUAAAAUUCACUCUCUACCGCAGGGAGCAAUUCAAGGAUCAGAUCAUCUCACAGUCAGGCUUCAAGAGAAUCCGAUGGUCUGCUUACAAGAUGGAUUCCAUGUUAUGAACGGUAACCAGGCAAUCAAUCUUACCACUGAACCAAAUAAUAUCUGUAGAACUAAGUGGAACGAGGGAAGCCACGAAGUUUGUCUGAAAGGAAGUGCAAAUCCAAUAGCGCCACAGUGCUGCGAACGAAAUGCAAUGGUCAGUGCGAUAACAACAUCCGCUGCCACUCCUACAACCACGUUUAACGAAGGUGAUGAACUUGAUGGAGAGCAGAUUAUAAAAGCGAUUAAUAGUGAAGAAGAAGAGGAAAAUGAGCAAAUAUUGUCUCUCGAGCAUCGCAGCGAAGAAGACAAUACAGCAGAAACGACAAAGCUCAACUCAUCAUACCACACAUCAAGGGCUCCAACAAAAACUGUAAACAUGGAUCGUUUCUGGAGGUUAUCGCAUCAACCGUCAACUGAAUCUUCACGAUUACAACAUCGGUCCGAAACAACGUUGGGAUACAGAUAUACGGUGAAGGUUGGGACACCAGCUAAUUUUGGGGUCUUUGAAGGCUAUAGUUGCGGUCAAAAUAUAAUUGUUUCCGUUGAUUAUUGA